CCAAUUUAGAAGCAGGGAGUGGGCUCUCCAGACUGCUAGAGAUAGAGAUCAACAACAGAAAUUGAAAAUGAGCAUGGCUCACAUGAAACAGAAUUCUGGCCAAGAAAGAAGAGGACUUCCUCAGAGGAGGUCUUUUCCAGAAAACGAAGAUCAGGGACGAUCUCCUCUAGACAGAGAUUACAGAGAAAAAUGCAGACGGUAUACAGAAAUAGCAGCAACUCAGAGUUCACCUGCUCAUGAGGAGCCCCCAACAAAGAGGAAGAAAGAAGAUGUGGACCCACUUCUCAUUCACACUGGUGGUGCUUAUAUUCCUCCAGCAAAACUCCGAAUGAUGCAAGAACAGGUUACAGAUAAAAACAGCUUAGCUUACCAAAGGCUGAGCUGGGAGGCCUUAAAGAAGUCCAUCAAUGGUCUUAUCAAUAAGGUGAACAGGUCUAACAUAGGAAUUAUCAUUCAAGACCUCCUUCAAGAAAAUAUUGUUAGAGGAAGGGGAUUGCUAUCUCGAUCUAUUUUGCAAGCACAAAAUGCUUCUCCAGUCUUCACCCAUGUUUAUGCCGCUCUUGUGGCAAUUAUCAACUCAAAGUUUCCAAACAUUGGAGAACUUAUCCUCAAGAGGUUAAUUCUCAAUUUUAGAAAAGGCUAUCGAAGAAAUGAUAAACAGCUUUGUCUAAAUGCUACAAAAUUCAUUGCGCAUCUCAUGAACCAGGAGGUGGCACACGAAGUUUUGUGUUUAGAGAUGCUGACCUUACUUCUUGAAAGGCCAACAGAUGAUAGUGUUGAAAUAGCCAUUGGAUUGCUCAAGGAAUGUGGCCUAAAAUUAACCGAAGUAUCACCGAGAGGAAUCCACGCUGUAUUUGAACGCCUUCGAAACAUUCUGCACGGUUCGGAAAUUGACAAACGAGUUCAGUAUAUGAUUGAAGUGAUGUUUGCAGUACAUAAGGAUGGAUUCAAGAAUCACCCUGUUAUUCUGGAAGGACUUGAUCUAGUCGAAGAAGAAGACCAGUUCACUCAUAUGCUUCCAUUGGAAGAUGACUAUGAUACAGAGGAUGCUCUUCAUGUUUUCAAGCUAGAUCCUAAUUUCAUGGAAAAUGAAGAGAAAUACAUAACUAUUAAGAAAGAAAUUCUCAAUGAAGGUGACAGUGAUUCCAGCACAGACCAAGAUGCUACAAGUAGUGAAGAUGAGGAGGAGGAGGAGGAGCAAGUAGAGGAUGAGGAAGGACAAAAAGUGAUCGUCCUUGACAAAACAGAAAUCAACGUGGUAUCAUUCCGGCGUGCAAUCUAUCUUGCCAUUCAGUCAAGUUUAGAUUUUGAAGAAUGCGCUCACAAAUUGCUGAAAAUGGAGUUCCCUGACAGCCAGAUGAAAGAACUUUGCAACAUGAUACUUGAUUGCUGUGCCCAAGAGAGGACAUAUGUGAAGUUUUUUGGCUUAUUGGCAGGGCGUUUCUGUAUGCUAAAAAAGGAAUACAUGGCAUCCUUUGAGGGCAUUUUCAAGGAACAGUAUGAUACCAUACAUCGCUUGGCAACAAGCCAAUUAAGAAAUGUGGCCAAGUUGUUUGCUCAUCUUCUAUAUACCAAUUCACUUCCAUGGAGUGUUCUUGAAUGUAUCACACUGAGUGAAGAAACUACUACGUCUUCCAGUAGAAUUUUCAUCAAAAUACUUUUUCAAGAACUCUGUGAAUACAUGGGACUUCCUCAGCUGAAUGCAAGACUGAAGGAUGAAACGUUGCAGCCAUUCUUUGAAGGAUUACUGCCCCGAGAUAACCCAAGAAAUACCAGGUUUGCCAUCAACUUCUUUACCUCCAUAGGUCUUGGAGGUUUAACUGAUGACUUAAGAGAACAUCUAAGAGGAACUCCUAAAAUCUUAUUGGCAUUUUUGAGUAGUGUAGAAAGGAAUAGAUCUGCUCCAACUCUAACCACAUUCAACAACCAGUCCUUAGAGUGACCCCACUAGUGGCAAGCCCUCAGCUUGGGUCAAGAGAAGAGUGAGAAGCUAAAGUCAAGGUUUCCCAGUAGAGUCACUUUUCUGAAACAUUCAGUGAAAGAAUGGAGCCUAAGUUUUUGUAUCAAAAUAACUUAGAGAACAUAACUGAUCAUUCAUAUUAUACCCAGGGCUUCCUUAGCAUUUGUUAUGAAUAAAAAUUCAAACACACUGUGCCUAGCACAUAGUAGGCACUGAAAAAGGUUUCCUGAAGUGAAUUGAAAGGCUUUAAUUACAUGCCCCAUUAAGAAGGAACAGGGGCUCAGCUGGCGGGAGUUUUGUAGUACAUGAUUGAAAAGGACUGAAUUCUUUGUGACUCCAUUUCGGAUUUUCUUGUCAAAGAUACUGGAAUGGUUUGCCUUGUCCUAGAUUUCUUCAGGCAUUUGAAAAGUUGACAUCUGGUGGAUAAGCAGAUCUAGAAAUUGUAGAGUCUUGGGAGACCGAGUUCUCCAAAAGGAAGAACUGAGGCCCCCCAGGCUUAACUCAUUUGCUUCAGAUUACUCAGGGUAAAUCAGUGAAAGAGAUUUUGAACUUAGAUCUUCUAAUACUGCAUCCUCAUUCCAUUGUAUGACAGUGACUGAUUCUAUUUGACAGCAAUCAGAAAGGGAAGAUAGAUGUCUCUAAAAGACACAUGUAGGGGGCAGCUAGGUGGCUCAGUGGAUUGAGAGUUAGGCCUAGAGAUGGGAGGUCCUAGGUUCAAAUCUGGCCUCAGAUACUUUCCAACUGUAUGACUCUGGACAAGUCACUUAACUCUCACGGCCUAGUCCUCACUGCUCUUCUGCCUUAGAGCCAAUACAUAGUAAGGGUUUUUUUUUUUUUAAAUAAUACAUAAAAGACAAAUCUAGACAGUAUUUGCUAGAGACUUCCUGACAUUGAGGGUUGUCCUAUUUGUUGGAUGACUCUGAAAGACAAAGUGAGACUGGAAACUCUGCAACUCUGCCUCACUUAAAUACAACUCAUGUAUAAGUCCCCCCUGCUAAAUAGAUUCUGUUUUUAUUCCCCAUUUUAAAAAUGAGGAAACUGAGGCAAAAAAGUAAUAUAUCCAGGUCACUGAGGUAGAGAGCAGUCUUCUCAAGGGUGUGAACUCCGUUUUCAUUGUUUCUGAAUUGUGAGUUCUUUGAUGUACUCACAAGGUGUUGUUACUGAGGGGUGAUGAUUUGGUGAGGAAGAAGAAAAUAAUUUUUUUAUUGGUUCUCACCUGAUAAGAUUGUAGAGUUCACACCUUCCUUGAGUGAGUGGGAAAGUGGAGGAGAAUCUGGGAGGAAAAGUCCUAUAAAAGCCCAGUCAUGGCUCAGUUUGAGAAGUCUCUGUUCAGGGUCUAGAUUUCAGCUGGAGCUCUAUUCCUGACCAGGCCUAUUCCAGGAUUUGUGGACAUUGUGGAGCCCCAGGAGGGAGAACAGGAGAAAGAACUGCUGAGAGGUUCAACAAGAUC